CCGUCGAGAGCAAGGACAAACAAAAAAACCCACCCAUGGCGACAACCCCGACUCUCAUUCUUGUUCCUCUUCUCCAUUACCUCCUCAUACAACUACUCUUGCUGCCAUACCAGCAACACGUUCUCACACUCGCUGCACCUGGCGGUGGCAAGUGGAACCUCCUCCUCUCCAACAUAGGCGUCUCCGCCAUGCACAUGCAGCUCCUCAAUACAGAUCGUGUUAUCAUUUUCGACCGUACAGAUUUUGGACCCUCCAAUAUAUCUCUCCCCAAUAACCAAUGCCGCAAUGACCCCAAUGACCUAACCCUUAAAGUUGAUUGCACUGCUCAUUCCGUUGAGUAUGAUGUAGCUUCCAACUCCAUCCGACCUCUCAACGUGCUCACUGAUGUCUGGUGCUCCUCCGGCUCCGCCAUGCCAGAUGGCUCUUUAAUGCAAACUGGUGGGUUCAAUGACGGCGACCGCAACGUUAGAGUUUACAAACCAUGUAGCGAUGAUUCUUGUGAUUGGCAAGAAUUUGAUGUUGCUCUUAGACAGAGAAGGUGGUAUGCCACCAAUCAUAUUCUGCCAGAUGGUAGGCAAAUUAUUGUUGGUGGUCGUGGGCAAUUCAGUUAUGAAUUUUACCCUAAGAAAGCUGGAGCAGAUCAAUCAUAUAAUCUGCCAUUCCUUUCGCAGACUAAUGACCCACGAAUUGAGAACAAUUUGUACCCAUUUGUUUUCUUGAACACGGAUGGGAAUUUAUUCAUUUUCGCCAACAAUCGAGCUAUCUUGUUUGAUUAUGUUAAUGGGCUGGUGGUGAGAAACUACCCAACAAUCCCAGGUGGGGAUCCGAGAAGUUAUCCUAGUUCAGGAUCUGCAGUUUUGCUUCCACUUAGGGACUUGCAAGGUGGAGCAAAUGUUACCGCUGAAGUUUUGGUCUGUGGUGGUGCACCAAAAGGAUCUUUUACUAGUGCAAAUAAUGGAAACUUUGUUGGGGCCCUUAACACCUGCGGGAGGAUUCGAAUAAGUGACCCAAAUCCACAGUGGGCCAUGGAGACCAUGCCCUUGGCUCGAGUCAUGGGUGACAUGGUGUUGCUACCAAAUGGCAAUAUACUCAUAAUCAACGGGGCAUCCUCAGGUACUGCUGGGUGGGAUUUCGGACGUAAUCCAGUAUUGACACCAGUCAUUUACCGACCCAAUAACCCUGUUGGAUUGAGAUUUGAAGCCCAAAAUUCGAGUUCAAUUCCUCGAAUGUACCACUCAACUGCGAUCUUAUUGCGUGAUGGCCGUAUUCUUGUUAGUGGAAGCAAUCCCCAUGCAUACUAUAAUUUCACGGGGGUUGUUUUUCCUACUGAUUUGACGAUAGAAGCAUUUUCACCUGACUAUUUGGAUUCACGUUUGAUACGUGUGCGUCCUAUGAUUGUCUCACCUGCUUCACAUUCUCAAAUUGGAUAUGGGCAACAACUUGUUAUUAAUUUCAAAGCUCAAGGCAGAAUAAACAGAGGUUUUAUCACAGUGACAAUGGUCGCACCACCAUUUACUACACACUCAUUUUCAAUGAACCAAAGACUAUUGGUUCUUACUAAUAGCACUGGGAUCAGCGCUAGUGUGACAUCUCUUGGGGGAUCAAAUUAUCAAGUUCGGGUCAGGACACCAAGUUCAAAUAUUCUUGCUCCACCUGGAUACUAUCUUCUAUUUGUGGUUUAUCGAGAAGUUCCUAGUCAAGGCAUUUGGGUCCAAAUCAAGUAGGAAAAGGGGUUCAACUAUAUAUGUAACUAACGUUAAUGCUGCAUUUUGUAUACACCAUUCUAUUUGAAACUUCAAACAUGAUUUUCUCUUCCUAGUUUGUUGAUGUAUCUUAGGGCUUCUUUUAAUUAUUUGAUGAGGUGUAAUCACACUGUACUGUUUAUCGUGUUGUAGUCAUUACCUGGGUACUAAAGUGAUUACCAAAUUUAA